CAUCAGCAAAACAAAACAAAACAAUCCAAAAAUGUAUAAUCUUAUAAUCAUUAUUAUGUUGUUAAUUUAUAAAUUUAAUAAUCAUUUUGUUUAUACAACAUCACCAUCGACAUCGGAUAUUGUUGAAAUUUUAUCAUCAAAAUCAUCAUCAUCAACAUCGACAUCAAAAAAUUUUCAACAUUCAUCAAAUAUAUAUCGUUUGAUUAAUAAUAAUCAAUGUCCAAAAACAUUAAACUGUACGGAUGGUUAUUUUGAUGAAGGAAAAGAUUGUUAUGAAUCAAAUCGUAAUCAUUGUAAUUGUAUUGCACAUUGUUGUUUAGCAUUUGAUUGUCGUGAUUGGGGUCAUUUAGUACAAUGUCGUCGUAAAUGUGGUAGUCAAAAACCGAAUCGUUUUGGUUUAAAAUUAAGUGAAAAAUUAGAAUGUGAAAAAUAUUUAUGUGAUCCAUAUUAUUUUGAUCCAUCAUGGGAUGCACGUAAUAGUAAUAAUCAACAACGUAAUUGUAUUGGUCAUUGUUGUUAUGCAUUUGAUUGUCGUCGUGCAUUAGGUUAUUGUCGUCAUGAAUGUGGAGUGGAAACAUGGGUUACAGCAAGACCAUUAGGUCGAUAAUAAUUAUAAUUAUCAAUCAUUUUUUUUAUUUAUAAAAUUUUUUUUUGUAAUUCUCUAAAAUCCCAAUUAUAUAUUAAUAAACAUUAAAAAAAACUAUUAUAUUGAUUUUUUGUUGAAAGCCCUUCUUCAUCAUUAUAAUCAUAAUCAUCUUCAUCUUCAUCAUCAUCU